AAAGGAUUACAAUUUUGACUAGAUCUUCAUCUCUAAAUGUUGAGAUUAACAGUCAACCGGACAAUCCACCGACAUAUGAAGAGGCUGUUACCAAUACUUCAAGAAUAGAUACAGAGUUAAGAAAUCAUUUGUCAGAACAAGUGGCAAAUGAAGUAUAUCAACGUCUCGAAAGCAGAAUUAAUUCACUCGAAGAGACAAAUUUAACUCUAAAAGAUAGAGUUAAUUCAUUAGAAGAUACAAAUAAAUCUUUUAAAGAGACGAAAAAAGAUUUAACAAAUUUUAUUUAUUUAUUAUUUUUAAUUAUUUGUUUUGGUAGUUUCUAUAUUUACAGAAUCAACGAAAUUAAUUCAACUUUACUUCAUAAUUCUGUUGAUGAUAGAGUUAAAAAAGAACAUUUUUGUAGAUUAUUAAUUGAAUUA